AUGUUGGCGACAGUAGGUGGAGGGAGUGGAGGCACGUCGACGGCUGGAGGCGGCGAUGUGGGUGAAACGACGGCGGCUGGUGGCAGAGACGGCGGUGUGGGUGAAACAACGGCGGCUGGUGGUGGAGACGGCGGUCGCCUCGUUGGUUUCUUAGCCCUAGGCGAUGAAUCUGCUAUGAGUUGCGUGACCAGUCGUGGUCUGGGCGGUGAUGGUGAGCAUGGGGGAGAUGAUGAAGGGUUGUUGGCUACGAGGUCCACCCAUUCGGGCUCGCUCGUUUGUCGUGAAGCAGAGGCAGCGGCUCGCCGGCGGUUGCUCCUUCGUACCGGCGGUGGGGGUGGGUCACGGAUGACAGGCUUCUUUGAACGGGCCAUGAUUGUUGCAAUAGACAGUAAGUUAGAGGGAGUGAUAAGAUGA